UAAUCGUGUAUUAUGAAUACAUAUAGCAUUGCAUAAUUAAAUGAGAAGACAAUUUAACACUAGUGUUUUUUUUUUUUUCCGAACAAUUUAAUAACACUAAAUAGUUGCCUACAUUAUCACCAUAAAAUCUAACAUUAUUCAACCCAUUAUACAUUAUUACAUACUCAUUCCAUUUUUUGUUAGUUCAAAACUAACUUAAAACAAUGGAACAAAAACAACUAAAUGUUGCAAUAAUCUCAAGUCCUGGGAUAGGACAUCUGAUUUCAUUCGUUGAGUUAGCUAAAAUCUUAAUCUCACGUUUCAACUUCACCAUUACACUUAUACUACCUUCUAGGGUCAAUGAUCAACCUAGUGAAGCACAAAGUUCCUUGCUUUCUUCCCUCCCAAAUGCCAUUUCCUACGUCUACCUCCCUCCAAUUGACCUCUCCCACGUAGAGACCGACGACCUCGAUGUCGUUAUCUCCCUCGUUGUCGUCCACUCAGUUCCGUUUAUUCGGGAUGCUUUGUCCGCCCUCCCACGCCUUGUCGCGGUUGUUACUGAUCUUUUUGGUACCCCGGUGUAUGACGUUGCUAGGGAGCUAGGAGUUCCGCCUUACUUGUAUUUUUUUACUAAUGCUAUGUAUUUGCUAUUUCUUUUUCACUUACCUAAGUUGCAUGAAACGGUGUCGUGUGAGUUUCGUGAUAUGGUUGACCCGGUUAUUUUACCCGGGUGCGUACCGAUCCAUGGUAAAGAUUUUGAGGAUGGGCUUCAAGACCGUAAGAGUGAGGCUUAUUCUUGGAUUUUUUACCAUCUAAAGAGGUAUGGUUUGGUAGAGGGGAUUUUGAUCAACACUUUUUUGGAUCUUGAGCCUGGGGCUAUCCGGGGUUUGCAAACCGAGGAUCCGAAUAGACCCCCGGUUUAUCCGAUUGGACCGAUAGUGAGAUCGGGUAUGGAUAUGGGUUGUAAGGUGGGUGGGUUGGAGUGUUUAAGAUGGUUGGAUCAACAACCAUCUAGGUCAGUUUUGUUUGUAUCAUUUGGGAGUGGGGGGACUUUGUCUUAUGACCAACUUAGUGAAUUAGCAAUUGGGCUGGAGAAAAGUGGGGUGAGGUUUUUGUGGGUUGUUAAAGGCCCAAAUGAAGAAUCGUCUUUUGGGUCAUACUACAAUGGCCAUGAUCAAGAUGAAUCUUUUGGGUUCUUGCCUAAUGGGUUUGUCAAUCGGACCAAGGACCGUGGACUUUUAAUCUCGUCAUGGGCCCCACAAAUCGAGGUGCUAAGUCACAAGUCAACGGGUGGGUUUUUGACUCAUUGUGGGUGGAACUCGAUUUUAGAGAGUGUAAUUCAUGUUAUGCCUUUAAUUGCAUGGCCCCUCUAUGCGGAGCAAAACAUGAAUGCAACUAUACUCGAGGAAGGACUAGAGGUGGCACUAAGGCCUGAGAUCAACAAGCAUGGUAUAGUUGAAGCGGAUCGUGUUGCUAAAGUUGUCAAAGAGUUGAUGUUAGGUGCAAAUGGGAGGAGGAUUCGUAAUCUAAUGAAAGAAUUGAGUGAUUGUGCUAAAAGAGCUAUUAGUGAAACCGGAGAUUCCACAAAAUCGUUAAACGAUGUUGCUUCUGAAUGGAUGUUGGCAAAGGCCAAGGAAUGUUCCAACAUAUGAAUUUGAUGCUGUAAGAUCUAUUUUUGUGAUGCGAUUCUUCACAUAUAAACUUAUUUUAUUACCUUAAUAUGUCGGAGAGUUUGAGAUCAAGUGCUACUAAUGUAUACUUUGUGGUUCAAAUUACUUGCUUUAAUUACUUUUUCACAAGUUUUUGUAUCCUACUUUUUUCUUUACAGAUUUUGAUCU